UUCAAUAGUUUGGGCGCGAUACUGUAUCGAGAAACCAAGUCGUGGUAUUUUUUCAGUGCAGUGCAAUUUUGUGUCUAAAAAUUAUUAGAAAUAAAGGCGAGAUUCACUCGUGAUGGGUACCGAUGAUCCUAAUGCUUUGGCUGCUGUGGAAUUUGAGGUCUAUGGACAGGUUCAAGGGUGCUACUUUACAAAAUACUGCAAGGAGCUAGCAGAACAGCUGGGUGUGGGAGGCUGGGUGAAGAAUUCGAAGAAAGGAACCAUUGUAGGCAAAAUACAAGGCACGAAGGCACAACUGGAUCACAUGAUUGACUGGCUAAGCACCACAGGGUCUCCAGGUUGCAAGAUAGAGAAAUGUGACCUUACCAACUGGGAGUACGUCGCGAGGAUCGCAUACACGGACUUCACUAUUCGAUUUUAAUACAACUUUUGUAAUCGGUUUCUUAAUUGUAAUGUUUAUUUUUAAGGAGUUCUUUUC